AGAGAGAAGAUGAGAAAGAAAGUGUUUUGGAUAUAAAAUUCAACAGCUUGAAUAUUGGUUAUUUGAUGUAGAGUUUAUGAAUAAGCUUUUACUUUAGAAUGGAUUCAGUAGUUAAUGACUUGGAGCAGCUAAAGUUGUCAGCUCUUCAUAAAUUACAGAUAAUAAAUUCAAGUUAUGUUUCUAAAUCUGAGCAUGUUCCAGAAAGCACUGAAAAAGAAAUAAAACUGCGUCCUCCAAAGGCAAUUAAAAAUAUCGACCCAGCAUUGGAACCCAAAUCUGUCAAUGAAAUCGAAAACGUGAUAACGAAACUGGAAAUUGAACGGCAUCAAGAUAUUAAAAGCAGGAUACGAGCUCGUAUAAGCAUAUUCGAGGAUUUCACAAAACUACAAGAAUCAAACACUAAGCAGCAAUGGCUAAGAAUACAACAGAACUUCGAACGAGAAAACCAACAAAAGGAGAACAGUAUCUUCUUAGCCAUGCAAGAAUUCGACCAAAACUCUUCCAAUUCUCACGCCAAACUUGCACAGUAUUAUCAAAAUUUGAGACUUCGCAGACAGAUGCAAGAACAAGAGUUGAAAAUGAGAGAACAACAGAAACAAAUGAUGCACAACUGUAUAGAUAAAAUAAAAAAGCAUCAGCAAGAUUUCAACGAGGCUUACGAACAAGUUAUACUGCUUUUGAAACAAUGUAACGAUGAAGUGAAAAACAAGCUAGUUGAACAGUAUAAACUCCUGAAAGCUUUCCAUAACAAUUUUGAAAAGAUAAUCACUAAAUGCAGAACCCAAGGAGUAAGUGAGGAAGAUGAAAAGCAAGCAUCACAAACAUUAAAUCAGGUGCAGGCCUUAGGAAUCAAAAUGAAGGAAAUAGUUGAAGAAGCUGUCAAGAAAAAUGAAGAAGCGAAAAUUCCCACAGAGACAGAAGUAGUGCCUGAUUUGCCCACAACUGAGCCUCCCGUUAAACCAGUCCCAGUUCCUAACCAAAGUGACCUCCCGAAAGUGCAGACAAGUGUUUCAAGUAUAACCCGCUAUAUUAGUUUAUCAAAUUUGAAAAUGUAUACAGACAUAAUGGAAUUUUUCAAUAAGCACACGGACAGUUUCAAAAAUUUGCUUGAGGAUGCUUCUCAAAAGCAGUUCAGGUUCGACUGCAAGAAAGCUAUCAACUUACCAGUGAACUCCUUGUCAGGUGUCAACUCGGAACAUAUUCUAGACAAGUUCAACAGGUUGAAAGCACUUUUGAAUGGACAGGAUGUAGCUGUCGGCAACGAUAAGAUAAACGCUUCGAAGCACCCACAGGGAGUUCCUUUUUGUAUGGACUUAUUGGCCAAGAAAUUUGUAUUGCAAGGUGAUUUGAUGGUUUCUAGUAAUCCUGACUCGGCUUUUUGCUACGCAUCCGUAAUGUCUUCGUUAUGGAACGAGUUCCCCACGUUUGGGCAGUUGCUGUUGGCUCAUUUUUAUAAGUCCUGUCCAUACUUGGUGCCCUAUUGUAUACCUAGAGAAGUUGGGGAAAGUGAUGAAGAAUUUUAUUCCCGACUAGGAUAUCAAUACAAGGAUGGGCAGAUUGAGAAUCAGGAUAAAUUUCUUAAAAGGAUGACAGGCAUAAUGAGGCUCUAUGCUGCAAUGAUGAUCGUGAAACCAAAGAAGGACCAUAAAAGUAAUCCACACAAAAUUCACCAUGGCUGGAGGUGGUUUUCUUCGGUGAUGAAAUUGGAGCCCCAAGUAGACAUAACAGCCACUAUGCUGCAUACUUUUUUGGAAACUGUUGGUUUCGAAAUGGAAGCCAAGUAUGGCUUGUCUUUCCGAAAAUUAAUAAUGGUCCUUGUUGAUAAAUUUUUGCCGAGCUGCAGGGAAAAAUGUACGGGUGGAGCUACCACUAGAUUGGAAUUAUUAUUGACGAACUAUUUCAAGAGUGAAAAAUUUGAAAAGCCCAACGGUUAUUUGGACUACAGGUAUUGGUGAUUCAUAAUAAAUUUUAAGUAAAUGAUUUUUACAGUGAUAUUUUUAUAUAAUUUUUUUAUAGAUAAAUUAUUUAGUACUUUGUAGAUAUUUUUUUUUGUAUAAGUAACAUUUGAAUGUAUAUAUUAAAGAGUGGAAAAAAUCUUAA